UAGUUCAAUUCAGUUUAGCGGAGGAGCGAUAAGUGGAGGGAUCGUCACUGACCCAGGUUUCUUUUUUUUACGAUUCCUCGGCCGUGUUUGGCCAAUAACAUUCUAUAGAACGUGUAGACGGAACAAAGAAUGACAUCGAAACGGUCGUGAAGAUCUGUCACGAGACAUCCUGGCCAAGUAGAGCAAAACGACUUGAAUGAUGCUGUCGACCUCGGUACUACUGGUGCUGGUUGUGCGCUGAUCGUUUCUGAGCGCAACGCCUAGCUAACUAACGCGCGAUGCAAUCCAUCUACUGGACUGGACGGCUGCUGUCGCGCGCGCUCUGGAACGGCAUCGCGAGCUACACCAACGCGUGUGGCACCGAACAACAAUCGAACGCGGUUGUCGCCUGUAGCGGCAAGCGCCGCGAGGUCUCUUUCAUCUCUGCCGUCUGCGGUUUUCCGAAGGACUUUGCUCGGAGCCGGUUGUGCAGGGGUCAGUUCGGUGAUGACGCCUGGUUCACCGCUAAAUUCAGAACGGCCGAAGUUAUAGGUGUGGCUGACGGUGUUGGUGGAUGGCGGCAUUACGGAAUUGAUCCGGGAGAGUUCUCCAAUUUCUUAAUGAGAACUUGCGAGAGGCUAGUCUCCUUAGGCAAAUUUACACCUACAGAACCAGCUGGUUUAUUAGCACGUAGUUACUACGAAUUAUUAGAAAACAAACAACCAAUACUAGGUAGCAGCACCGCAUGCGUUAUAGUUCUCAAUAAAGAGACCAGCAGCAUUUAUGCAGCUAAUAUAGGAGAUAGUGGAUUUGUAGUUGUGCGUAAAGGUGAGGUGGUGCACCGCUCUUCAGAGCAACAGCAUUACUUCAACACACCUUUUCAAUUGUCUCUGCCACCUCCAGGACAUUCUAAUCUAGUACUUCGUGACAGUCCAGAGUCUGCCGACACUUCAAGUUUCGGAGUCGAGGACGGCGAUGUAAUUCUUUUAGCGACAGACGGGGUAUUUGACAAUGUGCCUGACCAGUUGCUAAUUACCGAAAUGCAGAAGAUCGAAGGCGAGAAGGAUCCGACGAAGAUACAGUACGUUGCUAACACGAUAGCGUGGAUGGCGCGACGCUUGGCCUUCGAUGACGCGUUCUUAUCUCCAUUUGCUCAAAGUGCUCGAGAGAAUGGGAUUGAUGCAAUAGGUGGUAAGCCGGAUGACAUCACGGUGCUCUUAGCAACAGUGGCAAUAUAACACAAAACAUAAGAAACAAAAGUUGUACAAUAGACUCCCCGACGAUCAUUGUAUUAUAGUCCAUAUCAUUGUGUACGUGUAUUUUUUUAGUUAUACAUUAUUAUAUUAAUCCUAGUACGCUAAUCAUUUAUUAUUUAAAUCGAAAUAAAUGGUUUUGUAAAAUUAUUUUGUUAUUCUACUUCUUUAUUGUUUCUUUUAUAGCACUUUGAUAAUCAUUAACGUACUCUUUGGCAAUCGCAAACGUGCUUCAUUGAUUUACCCUUUCAGCACCUAUGCUUUUUGGUACAGCAGCUGUAACUUUUGUGUUUUUUCUUCGGCUCGAAAUUUUUCGAAAUUUUUUUUGUCUUAUGGAUUUGCUU